GUUACGAAUGAACAGCCCAUGACAACUUACUAGUAAAGUCACCUCAAAUUGUAUUUGUUUACCUAAUCGUUUGUUUCGUUAAGUUCUGGCCUUCACUAUGUCUAAUUUAUUGAUAAAUAGUAGACCGAUCCUCGCGAGGCUGGUAUCUUUGACUUCUGUGAGAAGUGUGUCUAGUCAAGGAAGUCAAAUUGUUCCACCUGGUUCCAAAACUCCUGAAAAAAAAGAUCAACCUGAACAUUCUUUUGAAAUAAUUGAUGUAGCUGGUCAUACUGGUCAAAAAUGGGAAUCCGAUGAUUUUCGAAUGGCUCGAUUUGUUGGUAAAGAGAAGAAAGUAAAUCCUCAUUUCGCUAUUGAUUUGGUGGCCGAAGUAGCACCAAUAGCUUGCAAAACAAGAGUAACUACCUGUGAUGGAGGAGGAGGACCACUUGGACACCCUCGAGUUUUCAUUAAUCUAGAUCAACCUGGCGAUCAUUCUUGUGGUUAUUGUGGUUUACGUUUUUAUAAGGAAGACCAUGACCAUCAUUAAUUGUGUUUUAUGAUAAUAAUCAAACUGAACUGAAGAGUUUUAAAGCAAAUUUGUUCGUUUCCUUAUAUUUGUUUCUUUUUGGUGUUAGACUUUCAAAAUAGAAAAAUAAACUGAAAGUUUGUUGGUCUUUUACGAUGACCAUUUCAACCAAAA